AUGGAUCCCGGCGAUCCUUAUGGAGGCAGCCCCUCCGACAAUGACCCCACGAGUCCUACUUCACCCAAACGCGAACUACCGCCCGAUCUACCUACGUCCCUCGAUGACCGACGCGGAUACCAGGACCCCUUCGCUGGGGAGACUGAGUACUAUGAUGGCUGGCAAGGCUCAUCGCAAUUCAUCGCCGCUCCAACUCCUGCCCGCGCCCUGACCUUCGAUCUCAAACUCGAUACGCCCGCGUACGAUGAGGCCGAGACUUUCGCUCGCAUCCAGGAUAGCGACUCUCGCCUCAUGGAAAUGGUCGCCGCUCAACAAAGACAACGGCGUGAAGAUGGUGGGACUCCCAAUGGCGGCGACGAGGACGCUAUCGCCGUUGACGACAGUCUGAGCGACGACGAGAAACGGGAAACAUUGCAGAAAGCACUGAACAUGGCCGCAAGCAACGGGAACGUGCAGAGAGUAGGCAAGCUCGUCAACGGUCGUGCGAAGAGCUAUAUCGAUGUGAACCUUCCCGAUGAGGAGGGCACUGUGCCCUUGAUCUACGCCUCCUGCUUCGGGCACGAGGGUGUGGUCAAAGCCCUGCUUGAUGCCGGCGCAAACGUCGACAAGCAGGACCGCAAUCAGUGGAGUGCUCUAAUGUGGGCGAUGACAAAUCGGCAUAAGUCAAUCGCGAAGAUGCUGCUCGACCACGGCGCGAAUGCGGAUAUCAGGAGCAGUAGUGGCGGGACGGCGUAUGACUUUGUGCAGCCGGGGAGUGAUCUGAGUCAGUACCUGGCGGAGAACGGCUAUCAUUUUGGUGGUGUUGGGAGUCUAGGUGGCGGAGAGGGAGGCGACGAUUUCUACAAGGGUGGAUGGGAUCAGGAAAGGCUGGAUGAGGAGUAUAUGGCAGAGUCCGAGAUGAAGAGGAGGGCAUUGAUGCAGGAAAGUGCGGCGAAUCUAGAGGUCGAUCUGAGUACAUUGGGAUUCAAUGAGAAGCCGGAGUCGCCGACGGUUGAGUCAGACGACGAGGAAGAGUUCAUCUGGGAGCGCUGCGUUGGUGACCAAAUGUUUGUUUUCCAGACCGACCAGCUGGACAAAAUCUUUGAUCUGAUCAUCACCAACAUGACACCGCAAAGGUCUCCAUCACAAAAGCCGGUUCCGGCUAACCUCAUCUUCCUCAUGUGCCGCUACGCACACUAUCACAUGACCCCUGCGCUGCUGCAGGAGGUGCUUACCAAAGCCAUGGACAGGAUCAACGAUGUCAUAGAACGACAUCAGUGGGACAUGACUAUGCUCGCGUUCUGGAUAUCGAACGAGACUUUGCUCUUGCACUACCUGAAGAAGGACAAUGGACUCCUACAGGCCACGACCCGGUUCCAAGCAGAGCUUGCCGACCUCGUCAAUGAAACCUUCAUCCUCAUUAUACGCGACGCCGAAAGACGAAUGAACAAGGUCCUUAAUGACGCCAUGAUCGAUCACGAAACUAUUCCCGGCCUCGACGACAUAGAAUUCCAGGGCGAGUGGAAAGUGUUCAAGUCGAAGUCGAAGACCGUGGAAGAGCCACCGGAAAAGAGGUACCGGCCGCCAUCGCCUAAGCAAAGGGCAAAGCCCUCGCCACGAAACAUAACAUCCCUGCUUUCUUCGACAUUGUUCGUACUCGACCUCUACGACGUACACUCCGUCAUCACAGCACAGAUUCUCUCCCAACUAAUGUAUUGGCUAGGUGCAGAGCUAUUCAACCGCAUCAUUACUCAGCGCCGCUACCAGUCCCGUACGAAAGCUAUGCAGAUACGCAUGAACGUCUCUCAGCUGGAGGACUGGACGCGGUCGAAUAAUCGGCAGCCAGAGCACUACGAGAAUGGCUCGACCAUAACUACUGGAGAGGACACAAUUGCCGCUGCCCGCAGGCAUUUGAGUCCGAUCAUCCAGCUACUGCAGUGGCUACAAUGUUUCACAAGUCUGGGCGAAGACCACGAAAGCCUGAUCGGCACAUUGGUCCAGCUGCAACGACUUACACCAUAUCAGCUGCUACACACAGUCAAGAACUACCGUGCCGAAGUCGGCGAGAAGAGUCUACCAAAACCACAUGUGAAGUUUCUGAAGCAGCUCGAGAAGGGUCAAGAGACGCUUAUACGACGGCCUGUCACACCUAUACCCGAUAGCGGAACUGCUACGCCAAAUCCAGUUGUGCAGCAAGAAAAACAGAAGAACGGCGAGAGUCCUGUCAAAGGCAAGACGUCGAAUGCGACAGCAGGCGCGAAUCCUACGACGCCCACGAACUCAACACUUCCCGCCGCCACCACAGCUGCUGGCGCGCCCGCACAGACGCCAACAUCAAACCCAGCGAUCGUCACAACGCAAUUGCCCGAGUCGGAGCCAACGGAUCUCUCUCCAACAGCAAAGCCAGGUCAGCUGACACUAGAUCAGUCUAUGAUGUUGCCAUUCAGUCUGCCCACUAGUACCGACAUGCUGAUCAGCUAUGGCGCCGGUAUUGGCGGAAGGGAUCGUGAACGAGCGCGAAAGUAUGUACCGACAGUGCCUGUUGAGGUGCUUGGUGGACUGGCAGGUAACGGAGCACUAAAGUCAUGA